CGAAAUAACAAACGCAACUUUGCGACUAAGUGCAUCUCUCUGAUCGCGCUGAUCACUGAUCGUUCAAGACGACGACGCGAAGCCACCUUUCUUCCGUGUGUUGUACACCAUCCUUGUGUUGUAUUCUGUGCAUUCUCUACACAUUUCUGGCAAUCUUCUGUGUUUUUUAAUGGAUUACAGAGUGUUAACACCGCUAACGUAGUAGAAACUAAAAAAAAAGCCAACAAAAAGUCGGGAAACAAAACGUAGAACAAGCAUCAUGCUGCGAUCUAAGAAUUACUGCUGCAAUCAGCAAAGUUCACACUUGGCAAUUUUAAUUUGCAUCUACGUGGUGCAAUAUGUCGCGGCUGCAACCGUUGUUGGCAGCUUAGGACUUGCUUCAGGCGCCUCCGUAUCUAAUACCACUUCAAGCCUGCAUAAUCUGCCACAGGAACAAGCUAAUACUUUGGACGCAGGGACUUACGAAAUUCGUGCCGUUUCCGGAGAACCAAAUUACAAGUCAGUCAACCUUACGUGGGAAGUAGAAUUUGUACCGGCUACUACCAAUGACACCGAUGCAUUGCCACCGCCAAAAACUUUUCAAAUAUUUUACUGUGAGAUGCAAUCAUUCGGACCUCAUCGAUGUCGUUCAAAAGUCAUUGAAGAUAAAAAAUUAGAAUUGGACAAAGAAAAUGAACCCAUUAUGCAUUACACUGCUAGAGUUGAUAAUCUUCGAAUGGCUACCAAGUAUAGCUUCCACAUUAAACCGCAAUUAAAGAAGAAAAAUCUAAAGAUCAGUGGCAGAUCGGAAUUGUUGGACAAUGAAGUCGAAAAUGACCUAUUUCAGGGACAAUCUAUUAUUAUUCCAACUAAAGGCUUUUCAGCCCAAGCUACUAAAUGCCUUCCACAUGCAUCCGAAAUUGAAGUUGAAACUGGACCGUAUUUUGGUGGAAAGAUAGCGGUCGAUGGUGGAAAUUGUGGAGUCAGAGGGAAUCCAAAGGCACCCACAGACAAAUAUGUGAUGAGGAUUGAUCACAAAAUGUGCGGAAGCUUAGUCAAGCCAGAAACCAAUACGGUGGAAACUUUUAUAACAGUUCAAGAGAAUUUAGGCAUUUUUACUCAUAGUACAAGGAGAUUUGUAGUCGUUUGUAGUUUUCAGUCAGGAAUGCAAACUGUUAGAGCUAGUUUCACAGUUCCUGGCAAAGGGGGAGUCGCAGCUGCCGUCGAGAAUGAUCCAUUUGAGCCUGAUCGAAUGGGCAGAGAGCAGAGGCAAAUGAAUUUUGUUGACAAAAGUGGCUUGGUUUUAAAGGAAGAGGCUAGUGUUGACGAAGAAGAAGUCAGUACAAUGGCAACAGUGGCGAUAGUUGAAGAUAUAAUUCCUGGAGUCAAUGAAGAAGACAUAAAACAUGAACCGACUGAAGCUGAAGAAAAUGAAGAACCAGUUAUGUAUCAUCGGCAGGCAAAAUUUGCCAAGCUUAUCAAUCAACUCGAUGAUGAACGAGGGACACAUCAAAUUAAGAGUGACUUCCAAAAUUUUGCUGGUAACCUAGGAAGCGUGGUAUUAACAGUAUCACUAUCUGUGAUAAUGGUAGGAGUUUUUGUGUAUGUUGUGUUUCGCGAAUCAAGACGGAAUACAAUAUCGCGACGUAAUAUGCAACAGCUCCCUAAGAGCCCAUAAAAAGGUUGUAAGCUAACUAAUUUUUUUUUUUAUAAUUAAAUUUUAUUGAUAAGCUUAAUGAUUGGAUUUAUUUUGUCAUUUUGGUGACGAGUUGAAAUCCAAUCACAAUCAAAAGACUUUUCUAUGCUCAUUUGUCUUGUCGAAUUGUCGUUUUGUUAUCCACUUUUUGACUCAAGAUGACUGAGCAUAGUUGAUGUGCUCCUUCCUAUUAUUUCAAUUUAAAAUCUCGUUAGUUUUUUUAAGUUAAAUUAUAAAUGAUUC